AUGAAGGGUGUCGCUAUAUCAGAAAAACAAUGUCCUAUGUGUUGGGGCGAGGGAUUUCUCCAAGAUGGUUCUGGUGCCCACGAUAGAAUCCAGGAGCUGGAGGGGCAGGUGCAUGCGUUGACAGCGCGCGCUUCGGCUACAGCCUCCAAACUCACCGAGUACGAAGACGAAAUCCGCCGUCUACGCUCUCAAUCCCAAGGAUCCUACCACACCCCACGAAGCAGCUCUUCACUGGGGAGACCCCCCUCUCAACCCGACCACUCCUCACCACAACGGCCAACAUCCUCCGAAUCCCAGCCCCAACCACAAACAUACCACAGCCGCCUCACAAACCUAGCCUCCCUCCUCCCCUACCGACGCGGCAGCGCAACCCCAGCAAGCGCACCUUCAACAUCCAGCGGCGCCGUUCUCCCAAGUACCCCGACCGCGCUGACAACGCCCCACACACACAUGUCUCCCGCAAACAGCGAGCACACCGCCGAGUUGCAGGAUGCGCUUACGCGCGAGCAGAGACGGCGCGAGGCAGCUGAGUCGCAGCUUUCGCAGGCGAGUACUGAGCUAGAGGAGUUGACUGUGCAGCUUUUCAGUCAGGCGAAUGAGAUGGUUGCGGAGGAGCGGAAGGCUCGCGCUAAGCUUGAGGAGAGGGUUGCUGUGUUGGAACGGAGGGAUGUUGAGAAGCGUAGUCGGUUGGAGAGGUUGGAGAAGGCUAUGGCGCGUGUGGAACGGUUGAGGGCUUUGGUUAAUCAUCAGUGA